CCUGCGCACUGGCCGCUCCCUGUAUCGCGCUAAGAUGGCGGCGUCCUCCCUGGAGCAGAAGCUGUCGCGCCUAGAAGCCAAGCUAAAACAGGAGAACCGGGAAGCGCGGCGACGUAUCGACCUGUCGCUCGACAUGAGCUCGCCUUCCAGCCCGAGGAGACCCAGACCCAUUAUAGUGAUCACUCUAAGCCCUGCUCCUGCCCCAUCCCAACGAGCAGCUCUUCAGCUUCCUUUAGCAAAUGAUGCUGGUAGCCGAUCAUCCUCUUCAGAAACCUCACCACAGCAUCACCCACCCCCAUCACGCCCUCGGCACAUGCUCAGCCUCCCUCAGCCUCAGUACCUGCUGCAGAAGAGCAUGGAGAGUAUAGAGAUUGAGCAAAAGCUGCAGGAGAUUAUGAAACAGACUGGGUAUCUGACGAUAGGAGGACAGAGAUAUCAAGCUGAAAUCAGUGACCUGGAAAACUUGGGCGAGAUUGGCAGUGGCACAUGUGGGCAGGUCUGGAAAAUGAGGUUCAAGAAAUCAGGACACAUAAUUGCUGUGAAGCAAAUGCGUCGCUCAGGUAAUAAGGAAGAAAACAAACGGAUCCUCAUGGACUUGGAUGUGGUGCUGAAAAGUCAUGACUGCCCUUACAUUGUGCAAUGUUACGGGACCUUCAUUACCAAUACUGAUGUGUUCAUUGCCAUGGAACUGAUGGGCACUUGUGCUGAGAAGCUGAAGAAACGGAUUCAGGGGCCUAUUCCGGAAAGGAUUCUUGGCAAAAUGACAGUCGCAAUUGUCAAAGCUCUCUUCUACCUGAAGGAAAAGCAUGGUGUCAUUCACAGAGAUGUCAAACCCUCAAAUAUUCUCCUAGAUGAGCGGGGUCAAAUCAAACUCUGUGACUUUGGGAUUAGUGGAAGACUGGUAGACUCCAAAGCGAAGACGAGGAGCGCUGGAUGCGCAGCAUAUAUGGCGCCUGAACGGAUAGAUCCCCCUGAUCCCACCAAACCUGACUAUGAUAUCAGAGCGGAUGUAUGGAGUCUUGGCAUUUCACUGGUUGAACUCGCCACAGGACAGUUUCCAUACAAAAAUUGUAAAACGGACUUUGAGGUUUUAACAAAGGUGCUGCAGGAAGAUCCUCCCCUGCUCCCCCAGAGUAUGGGCUUCUCGAUGGACUUUCAAUCAUUUGUAAAAGAUUGCCUUACAAAGGAUCACAGGAAGAGACCAAAAUACAAUAAGUUGCUUGAACACAAUUUCAUUAAACGUUAUGAGACAUUAGAAGUGGACGUGGCUUCGUGGUUUAAAGAAGUCAUGGCAAAGACUGAAUCCCCACGAACAAGCAGCAUCCUCAGCCAGCAGCACCUCCCCAUCUUCUCCAGGUAGCCAGCAGAGCAGCAAAUGGACAUGCAGGGGACAGGAGAGGGGAUUGGAAUCGGCAAGUCACCGCCAACACCCAUGCCAUCAAGUCAAGGCUCCUGAGACCAAUGAAUUGUACUUAGCCUAUCUAUGGUCUUUCUGUCUAAUGUUGUGAUCUUUUCAAUUGACUGAGGAGUGUGGGCUGUUGUGCUUUGAAGAGCAAAUAAGGAAAGGUGUCACGUGCCACAUCUUGAACUGAGGUUUUGUCUCAUUGCUACUGUGAAAAGCUGACAUGCUGCCGUUAAUUUCUGCCCUUCCCCUUUAAUCUCUCCUCACAGAAUACAUGGUCAUUGCACGCUGCAGAGGAAUUGCAACUUUAUAUAGUGUUUAAAUAUUACCGGGUUAUGCACUGUGAUCAAGGAAAGCAAAGGAUUUUACCUAAUUUAUUAAAUCUGAAAGUUGAAAGUGUAGCUGAUGUGAACUCUCAAUGUAUUAGUGUGCAGGCACCUGUUAUUAUGAUAGUUUAGUGUGUUUCAAACGCAUGAGAAACUGCUGCUUAAUUUUAUUUCAAACAAUGACAAGGGUUCAUAUCUGAGAGGCUUGCAGAAUUGCUGUUCGCAGUGAAAGUCUGGCAGAAUAUACCAAACCAUUUUGCUUGUAUUUUUUUCUUGUUUGUUUUGGUGCAGUGUGAGAUGAUGCACGCCAAUGGCAAUACUGGGGUUCGCCAAUACUGGGUGAUAAAUGUCAGACUAUCAAACAUCUCACAAACAGCAUCCAUGGGCAACUGAAGAGAUUGGGUAAACUGUCAGUGCUGCUGCAGUCUCAAAUCGCAUGUGUGCUGGCAAUUUAUAUAUUUUUUUCAAACUCUGCAUAAUUAAUGCUGUACGUACGGGUGCCGGUGUAAUUUGGGUAUUAUGCCAGUGACCAAGUUGCCACUGGUUUUCCUCAUGGUUGCUAAAUGCAACCCAUUGUCAAGCUUAAUGGAUGAUUUGUUUUUUAAACCUGGGAGCAAAUGGGGUAAUGAUUGUGAAUCCUGACAAACCUCUUUUGAUUUCUCUGCACUUGCCUCUAAUAUAUUCACUGCUAGGAUGCGGUGCAGCUGAUUAUUUCAGUUUCCUUUUGUUCCUAACUAUUACAGUUGUAUAGAACUUUUUAGUUAGGCAACAUUUGGAAUAUUGUGUACUGUUCUGGCUGCCACUCUACAUGAAGGGUGUGGGGGGCAUUGGAGAGAGUACAGAAAUGGGAUGUUGUCUGGUUUGGAGAGUAUUAGUUAUGAGGAGAGGUUGAACAAACUUGGCUUGUGCUCACUUGAAUGUUGAAGGAUGAGGAACAACCUAAUGGAAGUUUGGAAAACUAUGAGAGACAUGCUGGGAAUGCAUAGUUGGAGCCUCUUUCCCAGGGAAGAAGUGUCAGUUUCUAGGGGGCAUAGUUUUAAGUUAAAAGGGGGUAAGUUUCAAGGAGAUGGGAGAGGCAGGCUUUUUUACAUGGGAUGUUAAGUGCCUGGAAUGCGUUGCCAGAGGUGAUGAUGGAGGCAGUUACAAUAGCAACGCUUAAGAGACAUCUGACAAAUAUCUGAAUAGGCAGGGAAUAGAUGGAUAUGGACCACAUAGAGACAAAAGGUUUUUCAUUUAGAAAGGCAUGUGACAGUGAGUCUUGGUGGGCUGAAGGCCGGCAUCUUCUGUCUUUGUUUUUGACACCAGCUUAGGUGAUGAUUUGCUGUUUGAAAAGUUUCAGCUGUCAAUAAAAAGCUUUACAAAGCUGUCAGACCAGGCCCUGUCAGCAGCCUUCUAGUUGCUGCCUGGUUCAGUUGGAAACCCUUGCAGGUUAAUGAGCUGUCAUCUCAUUUUUAAUUUUCUUCAGUCAGUUUUGAAACAAGCUGAAACACAAGGUUGGCAUAUGGCAAAUAAGGGUUUGUGCUUAUCUCCCACAGUUUGUAUCUGGGAUUGGUCUGUUCCUUUGAGCUCUAAUGCAGGGAGAAUUAAGCAAACUACGCAGUUGAAUUCAGCUAGUAUUGCUAUUGUGUUUUGAGACUUAGACUUCGAUUUUCUGGCAUUAAAUUGCCUGUUCCUUGGGCCAUUCUGGCACAUUGAAAUCAAGUUAUGAUACUGAAGUACUGAUUGUGCACUAGUGUCAGUUGGUUGCAAUAUCAAACCAAUUAAAUCAUUUAUCUCAAUCUUUAACAUUGAAAUUGUCCAAAUUGCAAAUUGUGACUUUGAGGAUUUACGUAAAAUCAUGUCAGUUGGGUUUUUUUUAUUAUUUCGCUCUGACUUUAUCUUCUCCCAAAAUGGCCUUGACGCAUCAGGAUUAAAUCAUGGAGCUGGCCUGAGCACCCAAGAUUUCUCAGUCACAUUUGUGCUGGGCUAGUAUUCCCAGUGCAGUGCUAUAGAAUGUUUCUAUUAAUUAAAUUGAACCAGCAUUAUUAGUUCUGAAUCAAUCUCUAUUGUACACUGGUUCAGUGUGAACAGAGCCACACUGUAUUAAUAUUCAGUCCCCGGCACACUUUUGUGGGAUUUUCAGGUCCAAUCUUUAGUCUGCAUUUGAGCAAAUAGUUGCUUCACCAAAUAAUAUGAUAUUUUUUCUUUAAUGAACAUUUAUUUUAAGAGAAUAAAAUUAAAGACUAUAACCUUGGAACAAUGCUUACCCUGGUGCCUUAUAACUGGAACAUGUAAUUCCUCUUUCAACACCCAGCCCCCUCCCUUCACCGUACCUAGAUUUGGGGAAGCUGAAAAGUCAAACUUCAAUUUCAUCCUGACUGUAAUUUGGAAGGAGCAAGAACCUGUGUAUUUAAUUUAUUGAUGGGAGGGAGUUAGUGUUUGUUGGGACUGUGGAUUUGGUUAGGCCAUAGAAAGAGGGCUGAAGGAAAGUAGUAAAUAACAGAGAGAACAGGACAUGAAUUUAAAUGGGUUGUUCAAAUGUGAAGAGUGGUGAGGGUGACUUUGUGAUGAUGGUAUCUAUUGGAAGUCACUACUCUGUGGGCUACACAAACAGCAUGUUUGUUUAUCCUCUCUCUAGAUUACCCGUAUGGGUUAUGUUGCAAAGUAGGAUGAAGAAGAGACCCUACAAAUGCUUUUACCAAAAUCAAUUUAUUCCUGUGAGCAGAUAAGAGUGAGAGAUAAAUUUAAGCAUGGUUAAGGGGUGGCACAGUGGCUCAGUGGCUAGCACUACUGCCUCACAGCACCAGGGACUCAGGUUCCAUUCCAGUCUGUGUGGAUUUUGCACAUUCUCCCGGUAUUUGUGUGGAUUUCCUUUGGAUGAUCUGGUUUUCUCCCACAGUCCAAAGAUGGUGGUUUGACCAUGCUAAGUUGCCCCUUGUGUCCAGGGAUGUACAGCCUAGUUGAAUUAGCCAUGAUAAAUUCAGGGUGAAAGGGAUAGAGUGGGGGUGGGGAAGUGUCGGUCUGAGUAGGCUGCUCUUCAGAGGGUCAGCAUGGAUUUAAUGGGCUGAAUGGCCUGCUUCCGCACAGUAGGGAUUCUGUGAUAGCUGCAUUUUCCUGUUGUGCUGUUUUUUGUUCUUUGCACUUGCAUAAGAAAUGGUUCUUGGGUCAACUUUCAGAUACAAUGUGUGGAGUUCACCAAACAAUGAAGUCCAUUUGGUGGUUGCAGAUAUACAGCAAAUAUAUUGGUGUGGAAACUGGAUGUUAAGAACUGAGAUUGAUUAUGGUCAGAAUACCUUAAGCGAUUGGCUAGACAGGAUAGUUGUGGAAGGGGGUCUGUGUGCAUUGGUGUCCUACAAGGAUCAGUGCUGGGAUCUCUGCUUUUUGUAAUGUAUAUGAAAAUGUAGGUGGUCUGAAUAGUAUGUUUUCUGGUGACACCAAAAUUGAUGGAAUUAUGGAUAGUGAAGAAGAUUAUCUAAGGAUACAGCAGGAUAUGGAUCAGUUGGACAGAGAAGUGGCAGAUCGAGUAUAAAUUGGACAUUUGAGAUAUGAUGCAUUUUGGAAGGCCAGAAGCAGAAAUCAUGUGAUGUGACCAAGCACAAAGCGAAAUGCAUUGCCGAUGCAGCUCCCAUUGCUAGCAUGUCCAACCAAUUCACUACUUCUGCAUUAGUCUUCUGGAAUAUAGGAACUUCACAUGACACCUGUUAGCAACUUGCAUCGCUCUCUUUACAAACCCUCUGAUGUGCUUUACCCACACAGUUUGCUCUUCUUAAUUUUUUUUCCUCACUCUGAAUUGAGAAUUCAGUCAGAAUUUGCAUAAGUGCCCUGAUGUACGCCUGAGUUGUAACAAAUGACCUGUGUAACAGUGUUGGACUACUGGUACACAGAGCUCCCCCCUCCAUGAUUUGGGGUGUGCAAUUUGAUUGACAAGGCAAGCUAGGUUAUGUGGGGUAGACGGGAAAGGGAGUUGAGAUCAUGACCUUAUUGAUCAGUGGAGCAGACUAGAAGGUUCAAAUAGUGAAUUCCUGCCGCCAGUUUUGUGCUCUGAAUUGUGUUGUGAUUCAAGUUUUUUUAGAAACUUGAAGCCUUUAAAUGUUUCAGUGAGCAUAAGGUUAACAUUCAUACUUGUUUAUUGAAUCCUGCCUGUUGAAACAGAGAAAGGACGUGAACUGUAGAGUGGAGACACAACCUUUUGGACCAGCUGAUCUGUAGGUCCAAUGUAAAAGGAUAAACAUUUAGCAACUGCUGCAGUAGUUAAGCCUCUGUGUGAGAACAUGGUUAUAGUGUUGGAUUGCUCAAGUAAAGGUUCAGUUGGAAUCACACCAAGGUUAUGCAGUCUGUGUUUUCCUUUAAGCUGUAAUAGUUAUAAAGUGCUGCAGUUUGAAAUAUAAGGGAAAAGGGAUGUGAGAAAGUACGGGUACGUGGGAAGGUCCGAGAGCAGAGAAAAAUGUAUUGAAGAGGGUAACAAAAUGAAAUAUAGUGGCAAUAUAAAUUUUAUUGACAUUUCUGUCUUCUCUUCACACGAACUUGCACAGGGCAGUCUUGAACUAAAAGUCUGUUUUCAAAAAUUCAGCUUCCCCCACCCACCCCACACCACUUUUGCUCCAUAAAUCCACAGCUAUAAUACAUUGGUAAGAUUUGUUUGAUAAAAAGGGAUGUCAGCUCAAAUGCAUAAGAGUGAGGGCAAGUCAUUUGCCGAUGGACUAUACUUCAGCCACCCUUCCAUCCCCUUCUUCAGUAUCGUUGUUUAUUUUCCUGCUUCAAAUCCUCCUUCGUGAAUAGAUGACAGUGAAUAUUUCCAGCACCUAAAGUCUGCAGACAGUAAGCCACUAUUUCAUUCUGCAUUAAUCCUGAAGAAAGCUCCUGUUGCUCAAGGUGUUUUGCAAUAAAUGAUCUAUGAAACAUUUGCAGGGCAACUUAAAGGAGUUUAUAAUUUAGGCCUAAUAAGAUAAGCCAUUUAAAAGAAAAACCAAAGAGAAAAUAAUUACUGAAUAGAAGCUUUGAUCUUAUUGGGAGUUACAAUGCUUUAAAAUAGCAGGCUACCUUCUGUAAAUGAUUGUAUGGGUAAAUCUGCAUCAUAUAACAUUGGUUAUUUGACUGGUGUUCUCUGCUAUUCAUAUAUAACGGGAACUAUGACCAACUAGAAAAUCAGAGAAGUUUACUGUCACAGAUGCUGCAAAGCUUUUGACGUCGAUUUGAAAAAGUACUUUGUGCAUUAGUGCACAUAUAUGUACGCAAUGCACUUGUAUAGUUACUGUGCAGAUGCAUGUUUAUGCACUGCAGUGCAACUUCACAGGCUAAGAAGAUAAUACUUACAAUUUGUUUCUGACUGCUAACCUCUUAUGCUGGCCUCAUGUAAUGGUGACAGCAUUGGAGAGGUGUUUGAGAGUGGAGGACUGGUUCUCAGGUGAAGCAGUCUGCUAAUGUUUCACUUUAAUUUGGAAUCUUCAGUAACGAAUGUGUUUUGCAGAGACUGCGAACCCUACCACUGCUGCCUUUCAAAUUGGUGAAGACAAAUGUGCAUGUUCAUGAUUCUGGUGGAUAUUGCAACCACAAUGUUUACAUCAAGUCUACUAUGAGGGAGUGAAACUGGGUCACUGCAGAAUUUAGACAUUUUGUCCAUUAGAACCAAAUCAUAAUGGGUAGUAGAAAUUUGGAAGUCUUCCUGCAAAAGACUGAACACUGAAGGUCAUUGGAACUUUCAGCACUGAAAUCAAAGGAGUUUUGUGAAGUGAGGGAUAUGGAGCAAAAACUGAACUAAGUUGUACGUCAGUCAAAGUCUCAAUUAAAUGGCAGAAUAGAACUCAGGUGUUGAAUGCCCUCAUUUUGUUUCCCUUUGUUCAGUAGUCUGUGGGAUGAAGUGGAGGUAUUCAACUUACCUCUGACUUAGGUGAUGAAGCUGUCUAAAUUAACACUAUCCUUGGGCUGUUUGGUCCUUAUUCAAAAACACUAUUUUGCCCACCAGAAGACAACAUAGAUUGGAAUGGACUGUAAUUGAGGGGUGGGGAAAGGCAGCAAAGACAGGGAAUAAGGAGAGAGGUAUUGGGCUACUUUGUUGAGAAUUCACCCCUGAAUUCAAAAAACAGGUUCUGAUAUGCGUUUAGUCCAACAAUCUUAAAAACCACUGAGCAGUGUAAUGUGAAAUCAGAACAGUGCGGGACUCAUUUCUUCCCAGUUUGACUUAGCUUUCCACAAGUUAAUUUUUUUUAGGCCCCUUUCUACUGGAGUGCACAUCUGUGUGAACAGUUGUUGACUGCACAACUUGUUAGUAGACAUUUGCCUUUAUUUAACUGUGUGAGCAUAUACCCUGUCUCAGACAAACACACACAUGCAUGCACACAUAGUGCCUUGAUUUAAUGUGUGUGUAGUUCUCGGAGCCAGUUUCUCCACUCCUCCCAAACACAUGCCAGUGGACUUGGUGUGCAGCCCGCAUCUGGGGGCCCCAGUACAAAGCCCAGGCAACAAUAAUAAGAAAUGAAUCAAUCAAAGUUGUUCAAUCUUUUGGUUGGUUGGAUGUCCUCAAAAACAAAAAAAAUGCAGUUUUAUUGCAUUUUUAUUUUUUUAUGCUUUAAUUUAGAAUAAAUUUUUUAUUAUAAUCUCUGCAGUUAACUUCUGACUGCAAAGUCCACACCAUUGGCUUAUACAUUGCAUGCAUAUCACACAGAUACAGCCAAAGUGAUCAUUACAUAGAAUAGAUUGGCCGGAGAAAUAGGAUAUAGAUAUUCACAGUAUAUCAAUUGCAUGAUAGUUUUUAGGACUUAUAAUGGUUUGUGUUAUGUUGGGAAAAGUCCAGUAUUUCUCUUAUUGCUAGUAGUGAGAUCACAGCAGGGUGUUUUAGUAGGUUUUUAUGGUAUAGGCCAAUCUCAUUUUACAUGUCAGGCAGUAGAAAUAUUCAUUUGUAAAAUACCGGGUAUAAGUAAGAAUUUUUCCUUUCUGUAUUAUUGAAACUGUGUUUGUUAGACUCCAUGUUGGAAUGUCACGAUAUAGUGCCAGAGUGAUCAGGCUGACUAUCGAGUUGAUUGGAUCCUAGAUUUGGGACAAUGAAGUUUCUAUUUUCUUGCAGUUGCCCAGCCUUGCUACUUUUUGAUAGAUGGAUUAGAUAAGUGCUGCAGCUUUGAUGUUGGGAGGGGUAAAAUGAACAUGCACAGUGCUGUCCAUAUUGUCCAGGGUAUCACCAGGGUGCUGGCGAGUGACAUUGGAUUAGCGCAGCUUACUGCUGCACUUGGUGACCAGAAUGCUGUCUCUCUCCUCAAAUGCGUUGAUUUACAUCUAUUCACUACUUUCCCGUUUUUACUCCAAACCCCACUUCAUCAUCCUUCUUGCCAAGCCCCUCAACCCUCUCUCAUCUUUCUCUCUGUCGUUUGCGCUUUCUCUCUGUCUCAAUUGAUUAUGCCUUGACAUCAUUCAGAUUGUUCUGCUUCACUCAAGACAGCAGUUGUCAUGAUGUUGCCCACUUACACAAGGUUUCUCUCACCACUAAUCUCCAGAUUUAAUGCCUACUUUACUGACCAGCAAUUACCCUGAUGUUUACUCUUGGCAAUAAUUAACAGUCGCUGACGAUUUGACGCUGGGGAGAGGAUGAACGCAUUCCCAAUGUAAUAUGUUGUAGUGGAGCCUGAUCACUGUAGCCACCGAGAGUGACAACCAGUUGUGUUCAGCACUAGCUGAAUAAAGUGAAGCUGUUACACAUGGAUGUAAACAAACUUGAAUGGUAGGAAAUUGCUUAUUAUGUGGCUCUUGCAUGAAUAAUGUUUUAUUUAAAAAAACUUAAAAAGCUAUAAUUGAUCAUUUCUAUUUAUUUUGUUUCAUGUGAGUAGUACAGUGAAUGUGUGAGUGGAUUCUAUCCCAUUGUAUUUUAUUACAUCAUGUUGUGAAGAUCUCAGGACUUUGAGAAGAGCUUGUUCUGACAUUGGCUGUACAGAUUCUUCCUUUGUAAUACAGACCCCACAUGUUUUCCACUCCUUGGUUUCAUGUGUGUGCAGAGUUUAAUUCUCCCUGAUACCUCAGCCUGUGAGAUAUAAAACUCAUCAGAGUCUUUAGGCUUAGUUCAGCAAGGAAAGAGAUUGAAUUGCAGUAGACCUCUGUGUUUCCUUGUAUCUUAUCUUCUCUUCAAAUAAAAGCAAAAUACAGCAGAUGCUGAAAAUCUAAAACAAAGGCAGAGAAUGCUGGAGAAACUCAGUAAGUCUAGCAAUAUCUCUGGAAAGUGAAACCGAGUGAAUGUUUUGAUUCCAGGAUGACACUAUUUCAGUUGUUAUUAAUGAUUUUCUAAAGGCAUCCUCUAUUCACCGCUGCCUCCCCCACCCCAUUCCUCAUUUGAGGCCAGCAAGAAAAGGAAAACGUCCCAAAGUGACACCAAUGGUGGGAGGAGGCUGACUUUGAGCUCAGGUAUUUGGCAACACUUGAAGCCUCUCCACGUUUAACUUCCCUCUACAUUAUGACAUUGCUCAAGAAUAAAAUGAGGUAUUAAAACAAUAAAGCCCCCUCUGUGAGCAGAGCUCAGUUCCAGCUGCUAAUCCAUUUUGCUAAACUAAGAUUAAGGAAAGAUAUUGGGUCUGUUUUUACUUCUUGGGAAUGUUUGCACAUUGAAUCUAAAAGUCAGAAUUGUGUGUUUCCGUGUUUUAUGUAAACAUUUAUUGCGUUAUAUUUUUCCCUUUGGACAUUUUGAGUUGAAAUCAUUAGCAAAGAUAGACUUGCUCUUAUGUGGCACCUGGUCACUGUGUGUGCUCGCUUCCAAAACAUCCUGCUGGAGUGAUCAUCUUUCAGUCAGGAUUGUAAUUAACCGCUGAGUAGCAGAGCUGUAUGUUAGAAAGCAUUCGGUUUUGAUUCAUUGUAGCUGAGGGGUAGUGGGGAAAUGCUGCAACUAUUGUCAGUGUCCCAAGGGUCAUAGUGGAUUUGGAGAGGUGUGUGAGGGUUUGUUGGCACAUGGAAGAAAAAAAUGGAACCCCUCCCCCUUAUUUCUAUCCAGCACCCCUUAUUGGGUAUAUGUAUGUGUCUGUUUGGUGAAGAAAGAUGAUCACGUUUGCAAUUAAUUGACUGCUCUACAGACAAUCAAUGGUUAGUUUCACUGACACUUAAUCGCAUACACAGACAAUCACAUUUGCACACAUUCACACACAUACAUUCGCACGCAUGCAUGGAUACACCAAUACCUUCACAGUCUCUCUCCCAUGCAUGUGUGUGCACACUCUCAUUCUCUCACAAGCAGACUCACCCAAGUGGACAUAUAAUGAUUCCGGCAUGAGGCUACAGGAUGUUGGGCUCCCUGGGAGUCGUACCUAUUGAGGAGGGUGGGAUAUGGUGAAAAGAUUCACAAGCAUUAUUGGAAGAAUUGGAGUUUAGGUGUUUUUAAUCAACCCUAUUAAGAUGUAGAUUGAUCCAUCCCUAGAACAGUGAGACUUGAAGCCAGGUCUUCCAGAUCAGAGGUAGGGACUUAACCACUGAGCCGCAAAACCCAGAAUUAGAGUUUACUCAAUGUUCCCCACUGAGAAUGGCUGAUUCCUUUUCUCAAAAUCCCCAGGCAGUCAGUUGCUGGAAUUUAACUCCAUGUCAGACUUUAGCUGAGAACAGGAUAAGGUUAGCUGUCAUAUUCUUGACAAGUUUCAAAAAAAGUUCUUGGCAAGUCUCUCGUAUCCCUCCAAUUGAAUGGCUCUUACUCUCAGUUGAAUAUGUCUGUGUGUUGUAAAUUCUGCCCUCUCUGUGGCUCAAGGUAUGCCAAAUAACUUUUAUAACUUCAUGAAACAUGUUUGACUCUCCUUCUACCUGUUUUCACGCAUCUAAAUCAGACUGAAAGCCGUUAUUCCAUGGGGUAGAGAGGGAGAGCAGCAGAAAGAUUCCAGCUUAAAAUAUGUACAAAUGAUUUUCUGACAUUUUAUUGUAAUGUUUUUACACCAAAAGACAAUUUUAAUUCUGAUGUUUAUUUUUUCAUUGUUUUUUUUAAAAUAGAGCAAAACACUGUAAAACCCCCAAAUAUUUGUGACAUAAUUACUUGAUGAGUUGCACACUAGUCUUUCACAUUAGAAUGGCGAAGCCCUUUGAGAAAGAAAUGGAUAGCUUGACAUGAUAAGGGACAUUUCCCCUCUAAAUGGCCAGUGCAUAGCAGGAUAAAUUCCAUCUGCCCAAACUAAGCUGCAGCUUUCAAGCUACUGCCUAAAUAUAAUCGAUAAACACUGAUUUAAAAAAUUGUUUUUGACAAAUUAACUGCUUUAAGCUAGCCACAAAUAUUUUUGGUUUUGCAGUGAUUGCUGAAAUGAGCAGAUUUCAAACUCUUUAUCCUCUCACUCCUGCUUGAACAUAUUCCUCAGAACAAAGGACAAAGCUUUGCAGAGAGAAGGUUGCAUUUGGUGUAAUACAGGAGCAGGAAAAUUAUCUGAAAAAGGAUCCUACACGGGCAUGAUUUGAUUUGACAUUUUAAAGACUUAAUCAUUUUAGACCAGGGACGUACAAGUGAACCAAUUAAUUUAGCGUUAUGGGCACCCAAAACGAUUGUAUUUUUAAACUCUUUCCAAUGUAAACAUCAGUAAAAAAAAUGUA